AUGUCAAAUGCAGUUCCUGAUCCAGAUGACGUCAUGGAAGCGGAUUACCAAAAUCACGUGGCUGAUGAGCCCCUAGAUGACUUUGACAUCGAUGUAGGAAACGCAAACUUAGAGGAGGAAUUGCAGAUCGAUAAGAGUUUCCAAAACAGAGAGGGCACCCCAGUGCCUGAAGAUACGGCACCUGCGAACCAGAACGGGGAUAUGGAUGUGACUCAAGUUUCUGCUUUGAAACCAUCACCUUCUGUAGUCGUUAACAACCCAUCUGCUGUGGAUAUCGAGACUAUUUGUCAGUCAUAUAAAGGACACUCCCUACUUAUCAGGUUGCAGUUCAUCGCAGAUCAUUGUCCUCCACUAAAGAGGGAUGCAACCAUUGGUAUGAUCAAUGAACUUCAUCGGAGUUCUUUCAAUGUGGCGCGUUACUCGGAAUUGAUGACUAGUCUCGAAACCAUGGAAAAACAGCCGGAUGACCAGAACCAUUUGGAAACACCGGUGCUUGAUCAAGCAUGGAUUGAUCAAACUACUGUGAAAUCGUCGGUUCAACUAGAUUUUCUAGUAACCGAAUACAAGAAACAAAAAGACGAAGGUGUCAAGGAGUCUACACGUCGUGCAAUGGAUGAACUUUUCAAUUACUAUAUAACCGCUGGAGAUAUUACCGAAGCUUUGCACCUAUACAGCCGUGGAAUGCGGGAGUAUUGUAGUCAGUUUAAGCAUAUUAUUCAGAUGUGGACAAAUUGGAUGGAGGCAUCGAUAUGGGUUGGUGAGUGGCAGCGUGUUGAUACAAUUGCUGCUCAAGCGGAGCGUAGUAUUAAAGAAGCUGAAGAGGCAGAAUCGGCUAGAUUGGAUGCUGCAUGUGGUUUGUCGAAACUCCAAUCUGGUCGUUACAAGCAAGCAGCAGAUCGCCUUCUCAAGGUGGACUUAGAUGCUUUAGAAUUGCCUUGGCUAUUUUCUGCAUCCGACAUGGCAAUGUAUUGCACUUUGUGUGUCAUUGCUAGCUUUGAUAGGACAGAGCUGAAAAGGAAAGUCAUUAAUGAUGCCAACUGUCGGAAGUUUUUGGAGUCGGAGCCAAAACUAGUCGAACUUCUUCAUUGUAUCAUUAAAAGUCAGUUUGGUCGCGCCUUAGAUAUUUUGAAGGAAAUGAAGGAUAGGUUUCUUCUCGACCCUUAUCUGAGCGCCCACGUUGAGCCAUUAUACGCUGUGAUACGAGAACGGGCUCUUCUUCAGUAUCUUGAACCGUUUGCCUCCGCCGACCUUAAUGCCAUGGCUAACGUGUUCCGGACUGAUCUGCGAAGUUUGGAGGAUGAGUUGGUGGCACUUUGUGAGCGUGGACAAUUAUCGGCUCGAAUUGAUGCCGUUGGUGCUACCAUUCGGAUGAUUCGCGCUAAUGAGCGCGAGGAAAACUACAAGAAGAUUAUUGAUGGAUGUGAUGAUAUGAUUGAACGUUGUGAAGCCGCUAUCUUACGCGCUGUCAUGCAGCAGGCGUGUAUUUGUAUAAACUCUGAAGGAAGGACCAAGCGAAAAACAAUAAGUCAUGCCGAAGAGGCUAGUGAUUCUUCAAAUACACCUACCCGUCAGAAGGUGUCAGUCCAGAACAUGAUGCGUGUGCUCAGAGGGCGAGUAGUUCCUCCUUUGCCACAAGGAGCAUCUACCCCUGCAACUGCUAAUCCUCCUCCAACAACCGUAGCUCCUGCUCCCCCAGUUCCAACACCAGCUAACAAUGUGCCUUCUGCUCCAGCUUCCGAAUGCCAAUCAGGUUCCUCCGCUCCUACACAACAACUUCCGGUUAGUUUUGUUUUCCACUCAAUACAGCUAGGAUAA